AUGCACUGCCCGUUUCGGGUUUCUGUCGCACUAUCGGUUUCGAAGUGGGUGAAACGGGGCGCAAGCAACAUUGUGAGAGCGGCAACGGUGACGGAGGUCGGCAUACUAGAGGUGCGAUAUAGUAACGACCAUAAACACUAUCAAGAAGAGACGAUGCGCAACUCACCGUCCCGACGAACUGGACAGACCUUGUCUCAAUCACGAGAACACCAAUGCACGACAUUCGGCCUUCCACAUCUCGUUCCUUCAGUCUUCAACAGUCCCCUUGGAAACGUCAUUCUCCUAAGCCGGCACCCGAUCAAGCCGUCUCAACACCUCUGGUCCCGUCCCGCAACGCGACUUACUCCUUCAACUAUCACCAAAAUCAAAUUCACCCGGUGGUUAGCUGCCUCACCAACCGGGCACCAGCCGGCUGUAGGCACAGCUGAAGCAUCUGAAAUGCAGGCACGGCUUAUCAAACAGUGUCUCUGUCUGAGUGCACUACAACGGUCGAGCGCCUGUCUCAUGCUCCUCUCAGCUUCCUACCACUCCGUUCCACUUAAAAGUGUCAAAUCGUUCCCCUUCAAAAGAACAGCCACCCCCACUUCCCACGAAGAUGUCAUUCAAAAAGUCCUGCAAGUCCACUACGCUCUGCAGCCUAAUCAAGCUAUCUCUCAACUUCGGGAAUGGCAGCCUGUCGACCCUUUCAAAGUACACUGUCGUGAGUUGGGAUGUUGUUGGGCGGAGCGACACCUUCGAAACUGUCUGGCCAAAUUUCUCACCACUUCGAGCUACAACUUGCUAGCCUCCUCUCAAACCACGUCAGUCACUGUCGUAUCUAAAGCUGAGCUACUGGAACUACUCACAGAGACUUAUUGUCUCCAAGGCUCAUAG